UUUCUGACGGAUGGCAGCACUAGCUUGCCGGGCAAUCUGGGUCUCUGGGAUCAAAUAAUGGCUUUACAGUUUGUUCACGAUAAUAUAGCUGCAUGGAAUGGCGAUCCAAAGCGAGUGACCAUCAUGGGGCAUAGUUCCGGUGCUAUAUGCGUUUCAGCGCUCACGCUUUCGGCUCAUGCCAACACGCUUUUCCAGCGUGCAAUGAGUCUGAGCAAUCCGGCACUUGGCGGAUCGUUUUCCGAACAAGUCGUUCAGGACGGCAAGGAAUUCAUCGAAGCUACGGGUUGUAAAUUGGAAAAUAAUGAAAAAACAAUGAAAUGUCUGAAACGGCUAACCAUUGACGAGUUGCUGGAUGCACAGGACCGCGUUGUAAGUUUUUUUCGACUGCUCUUAAUGAAUGAAUGA